AUGGCGUACCCCAAGGAUCUGUACUAUCGCCUACCCUGUUCCUGCUGCAUAUCAAUGAUAUGUUAUUGACUAACAAUAUUCAUUGCUAUGCAGAUGACAGCACUGGCGAUAGCUGUUAUACAGGUCGUGCAUACGCCCCCCCUGAGCAGGUGUCGGAGUGUAGGAUGCGACUUGUGUCUGAGAUCGAGACGUCCCUUGAACAGGUCUCCGAGUGGGGUAGACGUAACCUCGUCCAGUUCAACCCCAGUAAGACACAAGUCUGCGCGUUUUCCGCUAAAAAAGCCCCAUUUGUCACGGCGCCAAAGUUUCAGGGCAUUCCCCUUACCAUGGCUAAAAGUAUCGGGAUACUUGGUGUCGACAUUACGAACGAAGUCCAGUUUCGGAGUCAUUUGGAACAUAAAGCCAAACUGGCCUCAAAAAAGCUUGGGUGCUUAACAGAGCCAAACAGUACUUCACACCUAGUCACCGGCUUUUGUUAUAUAAAGCGCAGGUUCGACCUCAUAUGGAGUACUGUUCUCAUCUCUGGUCUGGCGCCCCACAAUACCAGCUCCUUCCUCUUGACUCCAUCCAACGGCGGGCAAACUUCUCUCUUAGGCUUAGAACUUCUUAGCCUUCGGAGAGACGUUGGCUCUCUUUGCAUGUUCUACCGUCUGUACAACGGGGAAUGCUCGGAAGAACUUUUUGAUUUGGUGCCAUCGUCUCGAUUUUAUCACCGCACCUCCCGCCAAAGGAGCAAAGUUCAUCCCCACUUCUUAGAUACAUGGCACACCAAGAAUAAGCGGGCAUCUCGCUCGUUUCUUCCCAGAACGUGCAGAAUGUGGAAUGACUUGCCUCCUGAGGUAUUUCCUUUGCGCUACGACAUGGGAUUCUUCAAGAAGCGGGUAUUUAGGGUUCUCAAGGGUCGGCAACGCUUAAGUGGCUCCUGUGGUGUUGCUUAUGUCCAUGGGCGACGAUGACCGCUUCCCAUCAGGCGGCUCGUCUGCUCGUUUGCUGACUAUUACAUAAAAA